UGACUCCACCCCCUCCUCCGUGAUUGGCCACGUUCACUGCACCUGUUCGACCCUCGCGCCAAUCGGCACGCUCCGGUCCGUCUGCUCCAAGAUGGCGGCUUCCAGUGCUCCGUAUCAUACAUCAUCGCCUCUGAAAGCUGAAUAUUACUGAACAUUACUAAAUAUUACCGAACAUUACUGAACAUUACUACCUCCCGGCGGGUUUAACCGUGUGCGGAGGCAAGACCAGAAGAAGUGAAGAAAGCGUGGGCUGACUUGCAGACGGUGAAACGCGGAAACGGUUUCUCCAUGGAGCCGGUGUCGGCGUAGAGACGGAGGAGGAGGAGGGGGGGCUGUGUUAUCCGAGUAUGGCCACCGAGAACAGGAUCCAUUUUUGGAGGAGAAACGCAAAGGUUCCCGGAAGCGUACAGCCAGUUUAUGGAGCACAGCAUCCACCUCUCGACCCACGAUUGAGACGCACAUAUCCCAAAGACACAACGCCCAAGUUGAACAAUCUCAAGUCUAAAAAGGCCUCCAGCUUCCAUGAGUUCGCCCGCAGCACCAACGAUGCUUGGGACAUCGACGAUGAGGAGGACGAGGAUUUCCUCGGCACCCAGCUCCCUUCAUCCCUGCCAUCGGGCCUGCACUCAGCGUCCUCACAGAACCAGCAGAAUCAGGGCGGUGACACAGAAACAGGCGUGUCACACAGACUGGAAGCCCCAAACCUUCAAGCUCAAAACCUCCAGGAUGUGCAGGAGGAGGACACAGAGUGUGAGCACGUCAACGGCAAGGUUGUCAAGUCUAGUAGUGACGCCCACCUCAACACGUCUUCAGUACGCUCCACGCUGCAAAAGCAAAACACUCUCCCAGCCCGUCCUAUCAUCCCGCUGGUGGCUCGCAUCUCAGACCAGAACGCGUCGGGGGCGCCGCCCAUGACGGUGCGUGAGAAGAGCCGGCUGGACAAAUUCAAGCAGCUGCUGGCCAGUCCAAACACUGACCUGGAGGAGCUCCGGAAGCACAGCUGGUCAGGCAUACCCAGAGAAGUCCGGCCAAUCACAUGGAGACUUCUCUCCGGCUACCUGCCGGCCAACAAGGAGCGCAGAGAGCUGGUGUUAAAAAGGAAGCGAGAAGAAUACUUUGGCUUCAUAGAGCAGUAUUACCACUCCAGAACAGACGAGCACUAUAAAGACACAUACAGACAGAUCCACAUUGACAUUCCACGAACCAACCCUCUGAUUCCCUUGUUCCAGCAGCCCGCAGUACAAGAGGUGUUUGAGCGUAUUCUUUUUAUCUGGGCCAUCCGUCACCCAGCCAGCGGUUACGUCCAGGGAAUCAAUGAUCUGGUCACACCAUUCUUCGUCGUCUUCCUGUCCGAGUUUGUCACUGAGGACGUGGAGAACUUUGAAGUGGCAGCGCUGCCUCUGGACACCCAGAGAAACAUCGAAGCUGACAGCUUCUGGUGUAUGAGCAAGCUGCUGGAUGGAAUACAGGACAACUACACCUUCGCUCAGCCUGGAAUCCAGAACAAAGUGAAAGCUUUAGAGGAGCUGGUCAGCAGGAUAGAUGAGGACAUUCACAAUCAUUUUAAGAGAUAUGAGGUGGAGUACCUCCAGUUUGCUUUCCGGUGGAUGAACAAUCUGCUGAUGAGGGAGCUGCCACUUCGUUGCACAAUCCGUCUGUGGGACACCUACCAGGCUGAAGCAGAGGGUUUCUCCCACUUCCACCUGUACGUCUGCGCUGCUUUCCUCAUCGAGUGGCGCAAAGAAAUCCUCUCCAUGGUUGACUUUCAGGGCCUUCUUAUGCUACUGCAGAACCUUCCCACGAUCCACUGGGGUAACGAGGAGGUGGGUCUCCUCCUGGCUGAAGCUUAUAGACUAAAGUACAUGUUUGCAGACGCACCCAGCCACUACAAGAGAUAGGCCGGAGGCUGCAUCACUGCAAACACAGCACCCUCACCAGACUGUGACUGGAUGGACCGAGUGCACCUGACCAUCUGCAGACAUCAACCUGAAGGGAAGUCUUCUCGUGCAGCUCCAGGACACCUGCAGGAUGUCAUCCCAGAGCCACAAAACUUCUCCUGUGAACACCAAGCUCAGUGAAUGUCACACUGGAUUUGGAUUCAUGGUGCACCCACAGAGCUCAGUGAACAUGAGACUAUUUGCAGUCAGGUUACUGCAUUGUAUCAAAGGACUGUUACAGUAUAAAAACAUAGCUAUGCCUUUUGGUCUACUUUAUUGUUUUUGCUCAUGCACCAUCAAUUGUCUCCAGUGAAAUAUACGCCCAGAAGAACUUGCUGUGAUAUAAAGGGAUGAUGAAUGUUUGUGAGAUCAUCCUUUUAGUGAAAGAUGAUAUCUACAGAUAUUUUUAUUUUUUUUAUUUUUUUAUUUAGUUUUUUUUUUGUUGUUGUUUUUUUAAGAGGGAAAUGAGGCGACUAUAAUACUAGUCUGACACUGUCGAGCUGUUGUGAGUUAGAUUUUGGUUUAAGGUUACCAAAUCUGCACUGUACAAUCAACGUCUAAAAGUCCUCACUUUGGAUUUGAAUCAGUCACUUUAAUUGACUCUCAUAUUUUGGGAAGUUUUAAGACCCAAAAGUAGCAAACAGAUGCUGUGUUUCUUUUAGAAGUGAUCUGGUGUCAGUUUUCCUUCCUGGUUCUUAUGAAUCAGCUGAUGAAGAGAAAUGUUUGAAUCACUGAACAGUGGGAAAAUUAGAAUUUUUCUGCUUCUGACUGUACCAGAAAUAAUGGAGACCCUCUGAUUAAUGUAGCUGUUCAUAAGUCAGCUGAAGAUGAAUCUAAAUUUGAUUCUGUUUUUGAAUUUUUAGUUUUAUUUAGAAACGAUGGCACAUAUUAACACGAUGGCACAAAAUGAGAGAAGUUCUUUCUGUUUUGUCCUGAUUGUGUUAAUUUUUACCAAACUAAUGUCUUUAUGCAUAACUAUGACAGUAGUCUUUUAAAUGAGCUUACCUGUGCUCAGUGCACAAACAGCGUAUGCAUAAUAAAUAGAUGAAAUGUUGGAUUUCCUCAGUUUACAAUCAUUUCAGUCGUUUUUGGGGUUGAAGACGUUUAAAAAGCGUCUGUCCGUGCUCGUCGGUACUGAAGGAUAUUUAGUCCCAUCGUUCUACUUGAGACAGUCCAGUGGACACAGUGCAGCUCAGAAUAUGACAAUGCCUUUUGUUAUGAGCAUUUCUAUUGUACACCUGUAUUUUAACGUGUAACCUGGAUACACUGUUUGUCAUCGUCAAUGCUUGUGUUUUAUAUUGUCUCAGCUUCUCGUUAGGUUUGUGUCACAUCUGCGACUUUUUCCGGCUGCAGACACAAUCCGACAAACUGGGGGAGGAGCUGUGUGUGUGUGUGUGUGUGUGUUACUACUGUGUUACCAUCUACCUUCAUUACCAGUGUUAAUUAUAACACACUGUAUGUUUGAAAAAUCUGACAAUCAUUAGACUUUGGUACUUUGAUUUCCAUAACAUUAGAUGUGUUUUUAAAGUUUUUGCUUAGCAUUCUGAACUAAAUGCUCUGUGAGUACAGUCUAGAAUCAGGAAGUGUGAUUCCUGGUGACUACCCUGGUCAUUUUAGACUGCAACAAACUGAACAGAGAAACAUCUUUCAUGGUUAGAAUGAGUCUCGGUUCAUAUUCAGGAAGUGCUUCUGAAGAUACUUCUUAAACUGAAUCACUGGAAACAUCCAACACUGUGUGGUAUUCCCCUUUAUGGUUCAUCAUCCUUGUUUAAAGCAGUCUGAAAUAUGUUGGAUGGUGGUUGUGAGUGUUACAGUAUGCCUUUAGCCUUAAAGUAGGUGUUCGUCAUUCAGGUGCGCCAACUGAUUGUGUCACUACCAAACCGGUGUUAUUCACUCCACACUGUUUUUAUCUAAAGGUCAUCUGUCCUCAGAAAGCCACAAUGAUAACUAAAGACUGACAACAUGAAAACCUGUUGAUUUGUUUCUGAAGUGUUCACGCUGUUUCAACGAUAAAAUGCCAAAAUGUUUAUUGGGCCAAUACAAUCUGUUUUAGAGUGCUUCUGUAGUCAAGAAUAAUCACAUUAUUACAGUACCUGCUGUAUAUUAACUUUUUGUUUAUAUUAAACGGUUGUUCUUCAUUUUGGCA